AUGACUUUCAGAGGCCAAAGUAUCCCCAGACCACAUUCAACGUUUGAUAAGCAUCGACUGGGGGGUAAAUUUUUGGACGCAAUAAUAAGAGUCGAGGGUGUCGAAUACAAAGUCCACAGGAUAAUCCUGUCUGACUGCAGUCCUUACUUCACUGCUCUCUUCCAGUUUCAGUCGCCCGUUGACAUUAAGGUUUCAGACAUCAACGGCCUGUCCACUGACAUAAUGGAGCUCAUUGUGGAGUACGCAUAUACCAGCCAAAUUCAUGUGACAAAGGACAACGUGCAGGACUUAAUGCAAGCAGCUGAUAUGCUCAGCGUGACAGCUGUUGCAGAAGCAUGCUCAGACUUCCUCUGUGAGCAGAUUUCACGAGAGAACUGCAUUGGAAUGUGGCAGUAUGCUAAAUUCUACUUCUAUACUGAGCUGAGGGACAGGGCUUACCGCUACAUCAAUGAUCACUUUGAUGAGGUUUUCCCCUGUGAGGAAUUCCUAUAUCUCUCUAUGCAAGAGCUAAGUGCAAUCCUUGGUAGAGAUGAUCUAAAUGUGAGGAAGGAGUACAUAGUGUUUGAGGCCAUCCUUCGCUGGAUAGAACACAACCCUGAAGAGCGAGAAAGGCACAUUGUUGACCUUUUGUCUAAGUUCCGGAUGGCCUUGACAAGCAUAGAUUACAUUCAAACAAAUGUGUUGUCCAAUGAGCUGGUGGAGACCAAUGCAGAGUGCAAGCUAAUGGCCACUGAUGCCAUCCACACCAUUGAGUACAUUACCCAAACACACAGCAUGUCUUUUUUACGCAACACUCUUGCACGUCCUCGUCUGCCCAAUGCAAUCAUGUUGGCCACUGGGGGCUGGCGUGGUGAGAACCCCGUUGAGGCCAUUUGUGCAUACGAUAUAUUUAGUGACAGCUGGGUCAGUGCACCAUACAAUUUGGAGUAUCCGCGGGCCUAUCAUGGCACCGUCUUUCUCAAAGGGUACCUUUAUUGUCUAGGAGGCUCUGCACGGGAAGAGUAUUUUAACAGUGUGAGCAGGUUGGACCUACGCACACACAGAUGGGAUGAGGUGGCACCAAUGUACUACAGCCGCUGCUAUGUGAGUUCAACAGAGCUCAACGGGUUCAUCUAUGCCAUGGGAGGCUUUGAUGGCCACUCUCGGCUGAACAGUGCCGAGCGCUACAAUCCUGAUGCCAACCAGUGGAAACGUAUCGCACCCAUGCACCAUCCGAGGAGCGAUGCCAGCUGCACAACACUACAUAAUAAGGUUUACAUUUGUGGUGGGUUUGACGGGAAUGAAUGCUUGCAAACCGCUGAAUGUUACAACCCAGAGACCAACCAAUGGACAGUAAUUGCCCCAAUGAACGAAAGGCGUAGUGGAAUUGGAGUCAUAACACUUGCAGAUCAAAUCUAUGCAGUUGGUGGUUGUGAUGGGACACACCGUCUGAACACUACCGAGGUCUACAACCCACUGCAUAACACCUGGAACCUUGUAUGCCCCAUGAUGACCACUCGCAGUAACUUUGGCGUCGAAGUGAUUUACGAUCAGAUCUUUGUUGUUGGUGGAUACACGGGUACUGGCACCACCAGUCAAGUUGAGUACUAUGACAGUACAGUGGAUCGGUGGUAUGGGGCCUCUGAAGUGACGUACCAUGGCAGUGCACUGAGUUGUUGUGUGCUGUUUGGACUCCCCGACAUUACUAGUUAUGCUGUCCCUCGUGACUCCCUGCCUUUCAUUUAA